AUGCUUCAGGCUUUGAUACGGAAAAUGCGGGCAAUGGUAAAAGGACUCGGAUUUAGCGAUGUGGCUUUGGGAAGUUCGGCAUAUUUGAACUAUCUCUACCAUGAGUACCAAAUGGCAUACAAAGAUGGACUGACGUUUUUGGAGAUUGUAGACGCAUUCGAAAGGGUGACACUUAUUUAUGACUACAUCACGCUGAACAACGCUACCGCUCGCAAAGAACAUGCGAGGAGACACAAAGUCCCUAUGAAGAAAGUACAGGCAUUAUACUAUCCUCCAUCGAAUAGGUUUGAUAUUGGGAUGUUCAAGCUACAGUUUCCUGUAAUCUCACAUAAGCUUCCCAGUUACUUCAAUUAUGGAAGAAUUGGUUUUACAAUGGGCCACGAGAUGAUGCACGCUUACGAUAUCAAAUGUAUGGCAUUUCACUUAAUUUACUGA